CAAUUCACUUCACAAAUCGAAGAUUGUGAAGGAUUAUAAUCAAAACAUAUCGAAACCAUGGCGCCCAACGACUACAGUGAUGAGCUUGAGAGCGAAGAAGAGGACGAAGUUGAAGAAGAAGUCGAGGAACCUGUGAAGAAAAAGCGUUCCGCCAAGAAGUGGAAGGACCCCAACAAACCGAAGCGUGCCAUGAGCGCAUUCUUCUUGUUCUCUCAAGGUAACCGCGUGAACGUAAAGGAGGAGUUCCCUGAGGCUUCCUUCGGAGAAGUGGCCCGAAUUCUCGCGCGAAAGUACAAGGAGCUUACUGAAAAGGAGAUGCGCAAAUGGGAAAAGAAAGCCGAACAGGACAAGAUCCGUUACCAAGAGGAAAUGAAGCACUACGUGCCGGCCGAAGAUCCCACCGGCGGCGGUAAGCGCAAGAAGGCCAAGAAGGACCCUAAUGCACCCAAGCGAAACAUGUCGGCGUACUUCUUGUACUCCAUUGAAGUCCGUCCCACCGUCAAGGCGGACAACCCCGAAGCCACCUUUGGAGGAAUUGCCCGGCUGAUCUCAGAAAAGUUCAAGGCCUUAAGCCCCAAGGAGCGUAAGGUGUGGGAUGACAAAGCGAUAGCUGAUAAAGAGCGUUACACCUCUGAAAUGGAGAUCUACAAGGAGGGAUAAGCGUGGGGACGCUGUUAUUCGCAGGCCGAUUGUAUUUGUUUUACGAAAAAGGAUAUUUCACAAUAUAGUAUACCAUCAAGUAUUCCAACACGCCCAUCUUCAUGUCUAUAUACUAUUAGUAAUUAUGGAGAUUAAACCUCGUC